AUUUUAUCUUUUCUUGUAUAGAAAUUAAAAAGAAAAAUGGGCAAUUUGAAGAAAGAAAAGAAAAAAAUAGUCAAUAUGGUUGAGUUUGAAAAGAAAUUUCCGCCGUCAUUCAUUUAUGUUUUGAAAAUGAUAUAGUCGUUUUUUGUUUAGACAAUACGACGACCAUCCCCUCCGUCAUCACCACCGCUCGCCAGAUAUUAUUUCCACUGGCCAAUGACAACAUGAUGUACGCCACGGCUCUUCCGAUCUUGCGUCAUUCUUGUUUUCUUUCCAUCUCUUAUGAACACGGCUACACCUCCCGAACAUUCAACUGCCUGAAGGAGAAUUCUUCUAUUGACGCUGAUCUCUUCGAUAAUGUGGGAGGUUCUCUGCUGAAGUUCUGAAUUUGCCUUCCAACUGUUUGAUGAAAUUCCCCUUUGAGUGCUGCAUGGGUUUUGCGUAUAAACAUAGAUUCAGAUAGUCCUAUUUUACACGUAGUUAAGAAGAAUACCUCCCUUUUUCUUUUUCUUUUUCUUUUUCCGGCCUGCUCCUUGGCUUUGAACUUUGAAGUGAAAGUUCAGGCGGGAAGACGGAGACACCAUGAAGAAUAAGGAAAACCCCGAGCUUAUAGCUUUCCUCGAACAACUUCCUCCAGUAGAGUUCUGCUGCAUAUAUGGUUCGACUCUGCAUCCAAAUAAUCACGAUAAGUCAAAAAUGGUUGACCUUAUUCUUGGCGUAUCUGAUCCUCAAAAAUGGCACGAAAAGAAUAUUCGAUUAAACAAAGACCACUAUGCCUCGUGGAUGGUGUACCUUGGAGGGGGGAAACUGGUUACUAAAGUUGCAGAUGCAAUUGGCGUUGGAGUACAUUUUAAUCCUUAUGUUAUGUGGAACGAUAAGAUGCUUAAAUAUGGGGUUGCAAGGAUGCAUGAUUUAAUACAGGACAUACAAUAUUGGAAGACAUUCUACCUCAGUGGCCGUUUGCAAAAGCCGGUUAAUAUACUGGUGGAUUCACUGGAUGUUCAACAGCUUAACUCUGUUAAUCUGAGGUCUGCAGUAUCUGCAGCCCUCCUCCUUCUGCCACCCAAGUUUACUGAGGUUGAAUUGUAUGCUAAAAUAUGUAGCCUUUCAUAUAUGGGUGAUUUGCGUAUGCUUUUUGCAGAGGACAGAGAUAAGGUUAACAAAAUAGUUCGAGGGCAGUUCCCGUUGUUCCAGUCAAUGUACCAACCUUGUCUUGAACAGUACAAAACAAAAGAGUUGUUGCAAUUCUCACCACAUGGAGAUGAUCAAGCAAAUAUUUCCCAGGAUUGUGGGUUAUCAGCAACUGAGUAUUUAGUUUCGUCAUUACCAACGACGGUCCGGAACACAAUGGGGUUAAGGCUUGGGGAGAAGAGAAGUUUGAGUGGACCUGAGUCACAGGCAGAAACCAAGUGUUGGUCCAGUCGAGAAAAGAGGUAGCGGAUUGCAUGCAGAGGGUUCUGAGACGAAAGGUGAUGGUUUCAAGUGCAAGACAGGCGGUAUCUGGUGUAUUGGCUGUAGGCGGUGCUAAGGCGGCCAAGUAUCUUGCAAGUAAAAUAUGCAAGGCCUGGAGAUCCUGGAGAUGAAGGUGAACUCCUCGUAGCAUGGGACCAUUUUGGUAUAGUUUUUGUUUCUAGUUUCGGCUUUCUUUUUAAUUUUCAGUUUUCAGUUUUUCCUGCUUUAAGAAUGAAUUUUUUUGCAUUUAUUUCUGAUUUGUAAUCUGAAUACAUGAAAUUAAAAAAUAAUAAUAAUAAAAAAAAAUAGAUGUUUGUUUA